AUGUGGUGCUUUCAUCUUCCCUUUCUCUAGUUGUUGUUUUUGCCCAGCGCUUUCCAGGAUACCAUCAGCUCACUGGAGAUCGAAGGAGGGGCAAAUGGAAAGCCCACAGUAAAGCCAUGGGUCCAUUUAUUUAACCUAAACCUCCUGUGUGAGAAAAGCGCUCCAGAGUUCUGUAGUUUGGAUGAUGACUACGACCAGACCAGCACCUUCAUGAAGCAGACAGCUGGAGAACAGCACCAGGCAGUCGAGACUGCUCCGGAAUAUCAAGGCUGUCCCUUUUCCUGUGAUGCCACUGGGUACUACCCUGGCAGCAUCAACACAUACACCUCAACCCACAACAGGAGCGAUGAGGAACAGCCGUUGGGCUUUGAAUCUUUAAUGCAGGGUUUCCAAGCGGGUGCUGCAGGCAGCAAUGUGAAAAUAGGCACACGUGCUAGGUAUACAAGUGUUGACAGUUGCCCGCCAAUAGAGAGUAAAAACAGCCCAGAGGACCUUGGCAUAGAUGGGCAAGACUCGCCGUUGGCAGGUUUAACUGCUCACGGGUGGACCGAAAGUCUUGUUAAAGAUUUGCGGGGCUCAGGGCAAUCCUUAAAUUCUUGCGAAUCGGGGUAUAAAAAUACUCCUUAUUCAUGGGUAUCUGUUAAGCAAGAGACCGCUUUGCAGAAAGCAAGUUCUCCGGGUUUGGUUUUAAAUGUAAUCUCUCAUGAGUGUCCACACCUAAACAGAGCCAUGCCUAAAUGGAACGAUUCUGCGAUAUGCUGUGACCUCAGCUACAAAACCCUUGAGAGUCUGGUGCAUGAGCCUGCUCCUGAUCAGAGUGUGGAUAAUGCUACCGUGCAGCAGCUUCCAAACCAGAAGACCCAUUUAAAACCUCCUGUCCCACCUGCCUUUUGCGCAGCCCCUGUGAAGGACUCUUUGCAGUUAUCCUCCCCGGCUGUCGUGAACAUUUAUGAAUACCAGUCGUUCGAGAGCUGCGUAGCCCAUCCUCUCCCAAACCAAAACUCACGGCUGCCCGCGUCGGUUUCUCAGCUCGGUUCUGGUCUAUCGGUAAAUAAAGAGGCCUGGGAACCAGUUAACUGUAGACUGCCAUCACCACGAACUGUAAAAGUGAUUGAUGGCUACCAGAGUUACGAUGCCCUUGCAGGAAUCAUCCAGAGCGGAUUCAGCAGGACCCCUGCAGCUGAAAGCCGGCAGAUUGAGAACUCCACAGAUCAGGGGUCAUCUGCUGACAGUCUGAUUUCUUGCGAUCAAGCCUACAAAUCUGUUCAUAGCCUGCUUGAAAUGACUGCGAGAGAGCUGCCAUUCGUCAAAACAAUGGAGCAGGAUGGGAAUGUGGAGGAUCGAGGAGUUGACAGUUUCCCGAUCCUAGACUUCACAGCAUCGAACUUGUGUGUCUCAGAGUGCCAGACCAUACAAAGUACAGGUGCUAAGGGCGAAGCUAUGCAAGCACCUUCAGACUUUGAGCCUGGCAACUCGACAUGAUGUCACUCAUUGUGCAUUCUAGUUCUAACAGUUUCUCCGCCAACACCUCUACAGAUGACAUUAGCAAAACUGUUUCACAUACAUCACAUCUUCCAUGUGCUCAUGAGUACCACAGUGUAACAAACCCGACGAAGAACACUGCAGGCGAACAUGAUGGUCAAAGGUUAGCAAGGGCACUGCUGCCAAACACGGUUCAACCUAAGAGGUCUUGUACUGUCAGUCCAUACUGAUAUGGAUCAUGUUAAUUGUAAAAGAAUAUUUCUUAUUUUGAUUUUGCACAUCCACACAGUGCUCAAGGAUGUAUGCCAAAUCACAAUCUGAAUCAAACUGAAUGAAAGGCAAUCCCUAAACACACUUCACCCAGUGAUUUAGAUUCGAGUGGCACUUUGCUGGAGAAACGCUCAGCCUGGUUGACAUUAAACGGAAUCUAAUUAAAGGGAGCAUUGUGGUCCAGUGGUUAAAGUCCUGCACUUGUAACCAGAAUCACAGUACUUCUUGUUGUAAGUGACAGUUCACUAUGAAAGGCGCUGUAUAGAAAUGUAUAUAUUAACAGAUAAUGAUCUUUUUGUGUAGGGUUAUGCCCUUUUUAUAAUUACAGAGUAAGUAGCUUCAGAAGAGUCAUUGUAGCUUUUUUAUUUAUUUAUUUUUUUACGUUCCCCUCUUUUAACGUG